AUGAAUAAACGGCAGUGUUUGAAGGUCAUAGUUCUCAUUAUUUUGACAGAAGUUCUCGGUUAUUAUAGUGUACAAAGUCGCAAUAUUCAUGAAUCCGAUGAAAGUGAAUAUAGUUCUUUAGACUUAGAGAAACUAUUUAAGAUUUUAUCUCGUUCUAAGGAAACAUAUCGAUCGUAUGACAAGACUCAAAGAAAGUCAAAUACGGAUGAAGAGAAUGCUCACCUCAAUAAAGUUCUGUCUCAAACCGAAAUAAUAAACCAAUGGUUACGUCAAGAAGGAGUUGUAAGCGUUAAUAAGGAAAACACAGUAAAAGAUGAUUUAGCAAGCAUUAUCGAAAGGGAACUUUUAAACGCUUUAUCAAAAAAGACAUCAUCACUUUUGGAUAGGCCCUAUCUACAAAAAGCAGGAAGAAAUGACUUCCUCGUGAUGAAAUCUGAGUCAAAUGAUCCUUUCGUAACGGUUAUCCCUAAUGAUAUAUAUUAUAAUGUUGAAAAGAAGUGCGUGAACUGGUUGACCGAUUGCAAUCAAAGGGGUCUAAGAAAUCGUUUACUACAGAAAGUCAACUCGCCUUAUUAA